ACAACGGUCAACCGGCAGCACUUUUGUGAAUAAGAUCAAAAAAUAAUCUUCACCAGUGAAGUUUGCCAAUAGCAGAAUACGGAGAUCAUGAGAACUAUACUGGUGAUCGCAUGCCUUUUUGGCGGGAUCUUCUGCGGCGGAGGCGGGAGUGGCAAAGGUUGGCAAGGAGACGGGGUUGAAGGGCAGGCGUUUAUCAUCAAAGAAAUCGGUGGCGGUAGAGAUUACGGUGGCGGGGAUCAUGGUGGCGGUGAGACCGUCGUGCUGCGAUCGAUCCCGAACCUAGGAUACGGGCAUAUGACAAAAAAAACGUUCGUGUUCAAAAAAAACCAUGGAGGAGGAGGUGCACAUGGGGAUGAUUUUGGAGGCGGCGGUAAGGGGUAUAUUGUCACGGAAAUCAAAAGUGGAGGUGGAUGGAAGUGGUAGGCCAAAAUAGGCAGGUCAUUAAAGUAAGAAACACCUAAAUUAUAUUCCGAGUAAAGGCAUAUCUUGUUAAAUACAGUUGACUCUGAUUCUGAUAUCCUGCCUUUGACUUCCUACAAGGUUCAACUCACUGUUGGUAGGGCUGACAAUGGCAUUCAUUUCAAUUGUCUCUGAUGAACCUGAGACAGAUAAUACAAAGUUCUAUAUUACCAUUUGUUUAAACCGCUUUGUGACUUGUCGCAGUCGUCGCUGCCAAUGCUGUGAAUGAACAUUUGUGGUCCUUUUGAAAAAAGCAAACGGGUCCGCACUCUGGUGGGCAUUCAUUUUUGUCGGUGACCGAUCUGUUUGUUCGCUAGUGUCCGCUAACAAAUCAGAGGCUUUGCAUGUGUGCACGUACCGAAUACGAAACUCGUGAAAUACUUAUGUCUAUAGAAAUAAAUCUAGAUAAAUAUUAUAGGAUAAUGUCGACAUCGGUAUCAAUCCAAUAUUACUGAUGUAUCAUUCCUUUUACACAUGUAAAUAUGUAAAUGCUAUGUAAUGUAAUACCGUGUUUCGGCGUGCAACGUAGCAAAUAAAGUGCCAAUAAACCAAUUACCAAUUAGAAGGAUUUUA